CGGAAGGCGCUGAAAAGGCGUGCGGGGAAACGGGGAGGGUGCAGAGGGCCACAGCCCUGACUGGCCCGGCCGGGACGGGAGCGGCUCCGCCUCUGGGGCCCCGGGAAGGCGACGGGAAAGAGCUGGGCUCCGGCCAUGGCGGCGCCGGGCGCGCUGCUGGUCAUGGGCGUGAGCGGCUCGGGGAAAUCCACCGUGGGCGCUCUGCUGGCAUCUGAGCUGGGGUGGAAAUUCUAUGAUGCUGAUGACUAUCACUCGGAGGAAAAUCGAAAGAAGAUGGGAAAAGGGAUACCGCUCAAUGACCAGGACCGGAUUCCAUGGCUCUGUAACUUGCAUGACAUUUUACUAAGAGAUGUAGCCUUGGGACAGCAUGUGGUUCUAGCCUGUUCAGCCCUGAAGAAAAUGUACAGAGACAUAUUAACACAAGGAAAAGAUGGUGCAGCUCCAAAGUGCAAGGAGUUGGGAAGGGAAGCAAAGGGGGCUAAGAUACAGCUCCUGGUGGUCCAUCUGAGUGGGUCAUUUGAGGUCAUCUCUGAACGCUUACUCAAAAGAAAGGGACAUUUUAUGCCCCCUGAAUUAUUGCAGUCCCAGUUCGAGACUCUAGAGCCCCCAGCAGCUCCAGAAAAGUUUAUCCAAGGACCCAAUCAGAUGGUGCUGAAGGAAAUGUCCUCAACCCAUGACAGUCCAUGGCAAGACGCAAAUUUGAAUGCACAAAGAAAGUGACCAACACUAGUGGGAUAUGAGAGACUGUGAAGACUGUGAAGACCGUGACAAAAUUAAAAAUGCAAGCUCUAUCUGAAUAGGGCAACCACUGUGCAGCUCCAGACCAGAUAAUUCAGGAACACAAUCCACACCGAACAAGUUGGGUUAACUGCUCACUGUAUAAGGGAGCACACCUCCAAAAACUGUGCAAAAGACUCAGCCAGAUGUCAGAAAGGAUUUAAGAUUUGGAUGAAUGUUGGGUAGGGUUCAAGGAAGCAGGGGUCUCUAAAUAGAUGCUGUCAGGAAGUGGGGGAUAACUAGUUAUCUUAAGAAAAUAGGCCGGGCACAGUGGCUCACACCUGAUCACAAGAU